GCGGCGUCGCUCUGGCACCACCUAGCGGCGCCCCGCCGUCGCCCGGCCGGAGAGACAUGGCGGAAGCGGCGGAGGGAACGGCGGAGUCCCGGGCGGGGGAUGGCGGGGAGAUCGGCGGCGAGGACGCCGGCGGACUCUGGGAGCUGCCGGUGGAAACGGCCGUGCGGAGGCCGGAAUGCAAUCGCUGCAGACGUCCUCAGAAGGUGUGCUUGUGUCCGUUCCUGCCAGUCCAUCCUCUCAAUGUCUCCACUUACUUGUACAUAAUUCAGCACCCAGCAGAGGAAAAUCGAGUAUUGCGGACAGUGCCUUUGCUAGCAGCGUGCCUCCCCAAAGAUAAGUGUCAGGUCAAGAUUGGUCGACGUUUCAACGAAGACAGAGAUCCUGAACUGUCAGCCAUUUGCAGAAACUCCAGUACAUUGAUUUUGUAUCCUGGUGAAGAAGCAGCUAAUUUGGAGGAAUUGGCACCGAAUCUUCCUAAUUGUCCUUCGAACAUCAUCAUUAUCGAUGGGACAUGGAGCCAGGCUAAAGACAUAUUCUACAAGAACUCCCUGUUUCGACUCCCUAAGCAGGUACAGCUUAAAACCAGCAUCUCCAGCCAGUAUGUAAUUCGGACACAACCAACCAAUAGGUGCCUUUCCACACUAGAAUGUGCUGCAAUCGCUCUUUCCAUUGUGGAGAAAAAUGAUGACAUUCAGGAGAUUUUGCUACGCCCUCUUCAAGCUUUGUGCUCUUUCCAACUUCAGCAUGGUGCUCAGAUCCAUCACAGCAAGGAACAUCUUCUGAAAAAUGGCUUAUACAACAAGCCCUUGCCAAAGAAUAAACGCAAACUCAGGAAAAUGGAACUUCUACUGAACAAUGUUAAAAUUUAAUGAGAUUAACUACCCGGUGCUCAGUACUAUUGUACUAAUCCUUUUGCAACUGAAAAUAACCGACCAAGUUCUCUUUCUUUGUAAGUCAUGGAGUUGGCUGACUCCAUAGAAGAACUCGAUGUAGAAUAUUGCAAAAUCAGAAUCUGACCUGAAGCAAGGAAAUAAACGCAAUAGCCAUGAAA